UCAGGGUCUGGGACCAUGUAUGGAGCAGUGCCUGAACACACCUGGAUCAUACCGAUGCUCCUGCCCAUAUGGACUCAUCUUAGACAGAAACGGACACAGCUGCAUCCCCGAGUGUCCGCCUGGCUACAAGAGCCAACAGACAACAACACCUGAGAAUACAACAACACUCAUUCUUAGGGAGGAGUGUGAAGAUAUCAACGAGUGCCUGGAGGAGGACAGGUGUGGGUGGCAGUGUGUCAACAUGCCAGGCUCGUACAAAUGCAUCUGCCCCAGAGGAUACACACUGCAGGGAGACGGGCGACGCUGUAAGGACGUUAAUGAGUGCAAUCGGAAGAACGGAGGGUGCUCCCACCUGUGUGUGAACCAAAAAGGUGGCUAUAAAUGUGCCUGUCCAGCGUCCCAUCGCCUCUCCCCCUUCAGCUGGAAGAAAUGUCUGCUGAGGACAACAGCGAACACUGCUGGCUGAGCAGGAAACCACCUCAAAUUCUAAACAAUAUUUAGUCCCACCCAUAGAGCAACAAUUGGAGCUCUGAUAUUCUGAUAACUGUUGUGUUGGUAGGAAUCUGGCCAAUCAGAGCAGGAGCCUAGAUUAGUAAUCAGACAGAUGACACAUCAUCAUCCAAACAUUUUAUUAUAUGAGAAAAAUGUAUUAAAAUCAUAUUUCUAUGUUGCAU